CUUUUUGCGAACUUCCACCACUGUUGGUAUGAAGCAUAAUAAAAACGUUUUCAGCCAGAACGUUCCAUCUCGAGCCUGAUACCGAUAGUGCUUCAUUCCGUCGUUCUAGUUGUUGUUCUGCUUUCGGUUAGUCAUUGAUACUUCCUGUUUUGUAUCAUUUGUACUCUCUUCGGACGGAUUGACAAUAUAAAAGAGUUGAGUCUUUGUCGCCGAUUUACUUUUGAGGCGAUCUUCUUCACCUUCUAUCCUUUGUGCAGGCUCACUAAACUUCAAUGGCUACCGAUCUCCCGCAAGAGCUCAUCGAUAAAAUACUCGAUGAAUCGGUUACGCAAUGGGAGGAUAUCCUCUUACCGGAUUACCGGACGUUAAGAGCGCUUUCCCUAACAUCAAGGUUUUUUACGCCUUCUUGUCAAGCCCGGUUGUUCCAGGAUAUCAACCUGAUUCGCAAGUCAUGCAAGCAGUUCAGAGACUUAUUAUCGGAUUCCCCCCACCUCGGACCUUACGUUUCAAGUUUGCGCAUGUACUACCAUUCUGUAUCCCCCAUCGUCGUAGACGUCCUCCUCCGUCUCCCCGAUUUGCAAAAGCUUAACGUUGAUCGCACCUGUCUUGUGUCGAUUGCCGAGCACAUGCACACAAGUUUACAGAGUGUCCGAGUCUUCACUCUCAUUGGAGCACAGCUACCCAAUGUCUCCACCCUUCCAACCGUCAUUUCCCUUCUUCCGAACGUGGAAACGCUUAAGUUGAAGGGCGUAGGGCUUGAAAACGUCAAGCCAAUUCCCUUUCUUAUCCCUAAAAACCGGAAAAUUCCUUCUCCCUCCACCAUUUUUCUCGGUGUCGCCGAUACACGAACCCUAUCAGGACUUUCCCGUAACCUCGCUGGUCCGAAUCCAGCAGCCAAAUUGGACAAGGUCAAAACACUUCAAAUCCGCAUAUCCUGCAUGUCUGUCCGAGAUCGCUGGGAUAUUGAACCGUUGCUCGUUUUGACCCAGCCUUCUCUUCAGAAUCUGACCCUUGUCAUGCCUGAGCAUUCUUUCCCACCACCGAUGGAUUUCAGUCGACAUUCCCAUCUGAAGAGCUUGUGCUUACGGUUGCCGUUGAAUGCGUUCGAAGCUCCAUCUGAAUCAUACCCACAGACUCUUCCGGACUCGCUCGCAACGUUGCCUCAAACCACCCUACUUGUGCUACUAAGUCUAACGCAACACACAAACGACAUCAUUGUACAGGAUAACAGCCAGUGGUUGGCGCUCAACAACGUUUUCAUUCAGCACAAUCAAACCUUCUUACAUAUCAUCCUGGAAAUGGAGGCAGCAAGAUUAACAGCGGAAAUAGCAGUGGCGGAAAGACUUGCUUUGACGUUCAUAGCACAGUGCGUCACCGUGCGUGAAGAAGGGCGUCUUCUUGUUAAUGCGCCGAGUUUGGGAAACAGCACGUUGACGGAAUUCUCACCAUUCGGGGCUAUUCUGAGUGAUAGUUAGAUGAAUGUUUUCAUUACAGAUAUCAAUUCAAGCGUGCAGUAAGAA